AUGUGUUACCAGGCGACUGUGAAGCUGGCCGAGCGAGAUGUGGAAGUAAAGAAGCGCGUUGGACGUAUGCGUGACAUGGCCAAAGUGAAGUUCUCCAGGCAAUGGAUUGAGCGCCGCUCAAGGUGGCUUAGAGGACAUGCCAUGGCAAGCAAGACGAACGAUGCCUUCAAGGCAACCCUGGCAAACAAGCAAAACAAUGCAGAGGCACGGCUGCACGAUCGCAAUCUUCGAGUAGCGAAGUUGAUUGAGGUCAAGAAGGAAUUCAAAGCUUUGCGGCGACUGAUGAAGGGAGAAGCCGGCUUCUUCUUCUCGACCGGCUUUGGACAGCUGCUGGAUUCAAAAGCAAUGCCAGGUAUGGCUGAAAGAAGAGAGGUCAGGCGGCGUGAGCAGCGACGGAAGGCAGAACUCAUGUUCAUCAGUGAAGAGCUUCUGGUGCGAUUGAAACGCUGCCAGGAUGUUGUACAGCGAUUAACUGCUUUUGCAGAUGAGGCCCUGAUAAGAAGGCGUUGCGUUUUCCACUCGCUAUGGCCCAGCAUGCUGUGA